AUGACGGAGAAGGUCAUCGUUGAACACAAAGGUGAUGAGACAUCGUCAAGUUCAAUUGAAGACUCCCUUCGUGAAUUGCCCACUUCCUUGGAUGAAAUUGAUCCCAAGAUUGAGGCAAGCAUUCGACGAAAAUGCGAUAAACGAAUCCUUACAUCAGUCACACUUUUGUAUCUCUUCGCGUUCAUUGACAGAACAAACAUUGGAAAUGCUAAAAUUCUUGGCAUGCAAGAAGAUCUUGAUUUGGAGCGAGAUAAUCGAAUGAGUAUAUGUUUGACUGCCUUCUUUAUCACAUACAUUCUUUUUGAAGUUCCUGGCAAUAUUCUUGUCAAAAAGCUGGGUCCAAAGAUUGCCCUUCCUGCUAUUUCCUUCGCUUUCGGCCUGGUGACCAUGUGCAUUGGCUUCUGCUAUAAUUUUGGUGGUCUCUUUGCCGGUCGUUUCUUCCUUGGUAUUGCUGAAGCUGCCAUCAUGCCUGGUAUUUCGUAUACCCUCGGUACUUUUUACCGUCGUCACGAACUGAUUACCCGUGUUGGUAUCUACGCCUCAUGCGCCAGUUUGGCUGGUGCUUUCGGUGGUCUGCUCGCUAUUGGUUUCUCCUAUAUUCCACCAUGGGGUAUUAUGCACACAUGGCGUAAUAUUUUCUUCUUUGAGGGCAUUCUCACAAUGAUUGCUGCAGUAAUUGCAUACUUUAUGCUCGCCAAAAAUCCCGAAACUGCCUCGUUCCUGACUGAGGAAGAGCGUAGAAUUGGCCAGCUCCGAAUUCAGCUCGAGUCUAUGACCAGAAAACAUGAAGAUCUCAAGAUGGCUCACUUUAAGAACGGCAUCUUGAACUGGAACACCAUAUUCCUUUCACUCGGUCUUUUCUCCUCGCUCUUGUGCAUGAACUCGAUUGCCGUCUUCAUGCCUUCGCUUCUCUCCGAAAUGGGUUGGGGCACUGUCGAAACUCAAUUGUUGACUGUACCUCCCUAUGCUCUUGGCUGUAUAAUCUGCAUCAGUUCCUCUAUCUUGUCUGAUCGCUUCAAGACGCGAGGUAUCUUUUUGUACGGUAUGGCAGCACCUUUUAUGACGAUUGGUUUUGCUGUUCUCAUCGCUUUGCCUGACCAUAUGGGACCACGCUACAUGGCUAUUUUCUUUGCCACGGCCGGUGCUUUUACUGGCAGUCCCAUGUUCGUCGGCUGGCUCGUCGAUAACACUGCUGGUCCAAUGACUCGUGCGAUUGCUAGUGCCUUCUCCAUCAGUGCUGGUUCCAUUGGUGCUUUGAUCUCCACUUGGACGUAUCUUCCGGAGCAGGCUCCGGACUACCUUGCUGGAAAUAUCAUUAACUUAGUUUGUGCCAUUCUCGUCUUUGUCGGUGCCGGACUUGGUACUUUCUACAUGAAUUGGGAGAAUGUGCAAAGAGAAAAAGGCAACCGUGACCAUAUAAUCGAUGGUCUUACUCAAGAACAGAUUGAGGACCUUGGCCACAAGCAUCCCAGCUUCCGCUUCACUCCUUAAGAACUUUGUUCUACUAUCCUUUUUAUUCAGUUUUUUCUUGGUUUAAUCGAGUAUAUAUAUUUAUCUCAAUGUCUAAUCCGUUUUGUACACAGCUGUCUCCUCCCUCUACUCCUCAUCUCCACCUAAUGUAUAUUGAUCCCCUUUUACCGUCUUCUAUUAAUAUAAAUACC